CCGGAGACACUAGGGUCUCGGCCACGCCCCCGAGCAGUGCGGAAAGCUAAGGUGGCUGUGAGCCGCGGUGUUCCAGCCGGUGACUGUCCUCCCAAGGAGCGGGCCUGGGACUGGACUGCUUGACCUCCCGCCUCCGGGGCUGCCUGUGAGGAACGCGGAGCUUCCAGGACACGGGCGCCUCCCCUUAGCUGCCCGCCGCCCUGCCUGCGGCGCCACCUCUCGCGCGGGACGCGAGCCAGGCCGGGAGCCAGGCCGAGCCGCUAAUCCUGCCUUCCAGUGUGCUUUUUGCAUCGUUUGACAUUUGGGUUCAGUUAAACUUGGGACCUCAACGAAGAAGGACCUGUUUGGUUUUGUUAUUAGUUUUUUUGUUUGUUUGUUUCCAACAUGGCAGCCUCCAGCCGCGCACAAGUUUUAGAUCUGUACCGGGCGAUGAUCAGAGAGAGCAAGCAUUUCAGCGCCUACAAUUACAGAAUGUAUGCUGUCAGGAGAAUAAGAGAUGCCUUCCGAGAAAAUAAGAAUGUAAAAGACCCUGCAGAAAUUCAAGCCCUGGUGAAUAAAGCCAAACGAGACCUUGAGGUAAUCCGCAGACAGGUCCAUAUUGGCCAACUGUAUUCAACUGACAAGCUUAUCAUUGAGAAUCAAGAGAAGCCCAGGACAUAGGAAGCAGCCUCCACAGCAGAACUGGCCACCUUCAGCAUCCAUUCUAUACGGUGGAACCUCCCAAUACUGGAUGAAAUAGCCUCCUGCUCUGCCUGCCUUGAAGGAGCUGAUAAACUGAGUCACAUUUGCAUUCUGUCACAGCUGUUAUGUGAAGAAAUGGCUGUGCAUCCUCAUUUCCGGUGUUAGAAUGAAGAGCUGGAGGUCACUCAGAAUAAUGCCAUAUGUUACCGUGUCUCCUCGCCAUCCCACCCCAUCUUACAGAUCACCCACAUUUGUAUAGAGCUUUUGCAGACUCUGUGUCUUGGUCCUUAAGAGUAAACAUAAUUAUCUCUCUAUCCUUUUGUACCAAAUAAACCCAUUACAAAGAA